AUGGGUGCUAUAUUUGCAGACGGCUCUUCCACAAACUCCGAAAACAUGAACAAUCGCACUUACGAGGCCUCAAUGGACCGCUUCCACGAAACCAGAAGCAUGGGGGCUUCGUUAGCGGGAUGCCAGAUUGUUACGAAUCCCGUGAUGGUCCUCCAGUGGUCCGUAUGGAUUCGAAAGUUAUUCUCAUUUUGGCGGCCGCAUAAUGGAUCACACUGGCGAAGUGUCCUCGAUGGUGCCGCCAAGCUGGAGGAUUACCUCGAGCUCAACGGGCUCGGAAGAGACGUUUCGGAAAAUCGAGCAAGAAUACCGAUAGAAAUUCUUCCUCGGACUUUUCUGGAUGCUUUUGAAGCGGCUAAGCGCCUUGGAGUCGAUUACCUCUGGAUCGAUUCUCUUUGCAUCAUCCAGGAGGGGGACCAGCUCAAAGAUUGGAACAAAGAGGCACCAACGAUGAAGAAUGUAUAUUCGAACGCAUGUUUUAACAUUUGCGCUUCAUGGGGCUCUGAAAUAGGCGGAUUGUUUACAAAAAGAGACCCAGCCAUGUUUCAGCCUGCAAUGUUUGAGAUGUCCUCCAAAAAGGGAGGGAAGAAGCUUCUUCUUCUGCUAUUUAUGGAGGAUGGAACCGAUGGAGCCUGGGAGGAGUUAGUUGAGUUCUCUCCCUUGAAUAGCCGCGGCUGGGCAUUCCAGGAGCGAUUGCUUGCCCCCAGAAACAUCUUCUUCUGCAAGGAAAUGGUUCUGUACGAGUGUUAUGAGCAACGCUGGAUCGAAUCCAUGGGGUCGGAUGUCGUGGUCUGGGACCCAUUUCCCUGGGGCAUAUGGCCGCGCGACAUUAUCUCAGGACAUAACAUCAAGACACUCCUACCGACCGUUGGUGAAGACAUCUAUUAUACCUGGUGGUGUUUGGUGAAGGAAUACUCGGGCACAAAGCUUACAUUUGCUGAAGACAGGCUUGCAGCCGUAGCAGGUAUCGCUCAGCGAUUUAGCGCGCUUCUCGGAGACGAUGUGUAUGUGGCUGGGUUAUGGCUCAGUCGCCUUUCUCUUGACAUGCUUUGGCAGAACGUACAAGAACCUGAGGUGAACGGUCCUUCCUCAAGGCCAAUUCAGUUGACGUUCUCCUGGAUCUCUGGCCACCAGGUUACAUUACAUAAAGACCACCUGCAAAAGAGGGGGCUGCACCAGGUAGCCAUCAUGCAAAUGGGGGAGUUUGACGAGAAGUUCGUCUUGCCACAGAUCACAUGCGUCAAAUGGCGCACUUCUGCGGACAGGGACGCUGAAGAAUACUCAUUCAGCGAAGACAUGAUCAUGCUUCCGUCGACGCCGAGCAUCGAAAUCAUGGUUCGUUGUGUUUUAAGGCCGAUGAUACUUCGAAGGGGUCCGAAAAACCUCCAUGUGUUUCCUGUUGAUGUUGUCGCCGUUCCUGAAGAACAAGAUAUGGAGGCUCUCCGGGAACGUGAAAUCUCGAGCACUAACAGUCAAUUCUUCUUCGUCUCGGCUAUUCUUGAUUUUGCAGCUACUGAAACAGACAUCUCUGUCUUAAAUGCUUCAGGAAGACUAUUCUAUGUGCCU